UGGAACUCUUUCGUGUUGAAGGUAACAUUAACCACACGGACACACGAGUAGUUUGUAAAUGAGUUGAGACUUAGUGGCAUAUUGAAUCACAGAUUAAUCUAAAACAUGCCUAAAAGACCUAAGAAGAGGAAGCAGGUGAAUGUUAUUGAAUAUGAUUCUGAUGAUGAAAGAAAAUAUGCAGGGGAAGACGUGCCUGAUCCGACUCAGGAUGAUUACUUCCAUGAUGCAGUUGAUCAGUUCCACGCUCAAAAAGACAAGAUACUAUUCGAUAAAGGGCUGAAAAAUGAUGAGGAGUAUUCAUCAGACAGUGAUGAAGAAGUUCUUGGUUUGGGAGUGGGUGAUGACGAUUUGCUGAGUGAUGAAGAAAUUCAAAACUACAAAAAACAGCUGAGAAACAUAAAACUACACAAGAAGAAAGAUGAAAUGGGGAGUGAUAUAGAAGAAGAUGUGGAAAAGGGUCUUCCAGAUAUGAAGGCAUGGGGCAAAAAAAGGUCUAAAUACUAUGGAGCAGAUAUUAGUGAUGAUGAUAUAGAUCUCAGUGGCUCAGAAGAGGAAGAGGGGGCAGCAGUACUUGAAGAGAGGGAGGCACUGAAUCUACAGAAAAGAAUGGCAGCUGAGCUAGACGACAUGGAUUUUGGUUUAGACAUAUUCAAGAAAAAAGAGAAGGUCAGUGAGGAGGAACCCAGUGAUGGCAAGAUUAAAAAGGAUUUGUCAAAACUUUCGAAGAAGGAAAAACUACAGCUUUUAAAGAAAGAGUCUCCUGAAAUGUUACCUUUGAUUGAAGAUUUUAAAACAGUGAUGACAGAGGCUAAAGAUGUGUUUGUUCCUCUAUUGAGACUUGUAAAAAGCGGCAAAAUCUCAGGAAAAACAGCAGACUACAUUCAGUGUAAACUUCAACUCAGUCUCAAUUAUUGUACCAACAUCAGUUUCUACAUGAUGCUAAAGGCCAAGCAUGUCCCAGUCCAAAAUCACCCUGUCAUUAAAAGACUUGUGCAGUACCGAAAUUUGAUGAAGCAGUUGGAGCCAGCAGACGCUCAGUUACAGAAUGAAAUUCAAAACAUUGUGACAAAGAUAAAAAAUGGGGAAGAAAUUUUGCUGGAAGAAGAAUCAAAACAAUCUUCCACAUUUAUCAGGAGGAAAAGCAUGAAGACAUUGAGGAAGAAGGUGGAAGAGAGGAAGAGGAUUGGGGAAAUUUCUAGCUCAGAAGACAGUGAAGAGGAGGUUCCAAAUAAGCGAAGUAAACAAGAUAAUCAUCGAUAUGAGACAGAAGAUGAAAAAGCAGCUUUGGCUUACUAUGAUAUGAUGAAGAAGGGCCGAAUAUCUGAGGAUGAAAAUGAAGAGGAAGAUGAAGAAGAUAAGGAGGAAAAUGCUUUAAUGGAAGAACAGGAAGAGGAAGAUGGAGAGGGAGGAAAGAGAGCUAUUACAUACCAGAUUGAGAAGAACAAGGGCUUGACACCUCACAAGAAAAAGGAACUGAGAAACCCAAGAGUUAAGCACCGUAUGAAAUUCCGAAAAGCCAAGAUUCGUAGGAGAGGGCAGAUACGAGAGGUGCGAACAGAGAUGUCUCGUUAUGGUGGCGAGAUCUCAGGAAUUAGAUCUGGUAUCAAACGAGGAAUAAAAAUGAAAGUGUAGAUUUACAAUAAAGAUGUGUAAUGGUA